UCAUGCUUCCUUAUCCUCACUCCCCGACAAAUGAAGCAGAUAAUACAAAUUAAUUGCCAGAAUCCAGAUACGACGAUAUAAUUUACCGGCAGGUUUAUCAGAUGUAAACUUGAGUUGUCUUUUUUUUUUCUUUCUAUUCCUCUAGUUUACUGCCCUAAAUUACUUAACGUUUUUGAUCAAAAAAUGGAAAAACAAGAACAGAUUUCUACUGGUGCUAAGGAAUUACUUUAUCAAUCUGGAUUCGGUAACAGUUUCUCAUCUGAAGCGAUUCAAGGAGCUUUACCUCAAGGACAAAAUAACCCACUUGUAUGUCCAUUUGGUCUCUAUGCUGAACAAAUUUCAGGCACAGCUUUUACUGCUCCCCGUAAACUUAAUCAAAGAAGUUGGUUGUAUCGAAUCAAGCCAUCAGUUACCCAUGAGCCAUUCAAACCUCGAACUCCAACUCACAAGAAACUUGUGAGUGAAUUUAAUCAAAGUACAAGUUCUGCUACACCUACUCAGUUGAGGUGGAAGCCUGAAGAGAUUCCUGAUUCACCAACUGAUUUUAUCGAUGGGCUUUACACGAUUUGUGGAGCCGGGAGCUCUUUCCUUCGUCAUGGAUUUGCUAUUCACAUGUACUCUGCUAACAAGUCAAUGGAAAACUGUGCGUUUUGCAAUGCUGAUGGUGACUUCUUGAUAGUUCCUGAAAAAGGAAGAUUAUCGAUCACAACUGAGUGUGGGAAAUUGCACGUAUGUCCUGGUGAAAUAGUUGUCUUGCCUCAAGGAUUCCGAUUUUCUAUUGACCUUCCAGAUGGACCCUCACGUGGUUAUGUGGCUGAGGUUUUCGGUACUCAUUUUCAGCUUCCCGAUCUAGGCCCAAUAGGUGCUAAUGGUCUUGCUGCUACAAGGGAUUUUCUUGUACCCACUGCCUGGUUUGAAGAUGAAGUUCAUCCUGGGUACAUUAUUGUCCAAAAAUUUGGGGGUGAAUUAUUCACUGCAAAACAGAAUUUUUCGCCAUUCAAUGUGGUAGCAUGGCAUGGGAAUUAUGUACCUUAUAAGUAUGAUCUACAUAAGUUCUGCCCAUUUAACACCGUCUUGAUAGAUCAUGGUGAUCCUUCAGUAAACACAGUAUACCUAUGUCCACUGAUUUCAGUAUUGACUGCACCAACUGAUAAACCUGGAGUAGCAUUGCUUGAUUAUGUUAUUUUCCCACCUAGAUGGUUGGUUGCUGAGCACACAUUUCGCCCUCCAUAUUACCAUCGCAAUUGUAUGAGUGAAUUCAUGGGUCUGGUAUAUGGAAAAUAUGAGGCUAAAGUUGAUGGAUUUCUCCCAGGUGGAGCAAGUCUUCAUAGCUGCAUGACUCCUCAUGGACCUGAUACAAAUACAUUUGAGACAACAGUGAGCCGUGGAACGGAUGAAACACCAUCCAAAAUAACAGAAACCAUGGCUUUCAUGUUUGAAUCAAGUUUGAUUCCUAGAGUCUGUCCAUGGGCCCUUGAAUCUCCUCGUAUGGAUCACAACUACUAUCAGUGUUGGAUGGGUUUGAAAUCUUACUUCUCACACGAAGGGUCGGAUUGUUACAACAAAGAGAUACAAAGUAAGCACAGCUAAAUUUCUCCUUUAUUAGAUAAGAAUUGAAGUCUCAGCAUAGGGUCACAUUUCUACAACAAAGAGAUACAAAGUAGACGCAGCUGAUUUUCUCCUUAUUAGAUUAGAAUUGUAGGGAACAUUUUAUUGACAUUGUAUCUCUAGUCGAUACUUCCUUGUUGCGACUAGUACAAACAGUGUAUAUAUGAUGCUUGUAAAUAGCAAAUAUACCCCGGAGAAGAAAACAUCCAGCUUUUGAAUAAAGAUUGUGCUUUUCUUUUGCAUGAUUCA